UAUCAGUUGGCUCGCUGACUUUGUGCUGUGAACUUCGACGCGCUGGAAGGUCCUGCGAAGUUUUCGCAUUUCCUUUGCUGGUGUGGAAGCGACGUGUUUUGUGAGUGCGCGUGUGUGUGUCUGUGAGAGGGCGCCAACUUUUCGGUGAGACUUUAACCACCAGUAAACAACAACAAAGCAAAAACAUUGACAAAAAAGCAAGAAAGGCGGAAAGGACACAAGGACACAGCCUGCGGUCAGGGAAACCGCAAUCAAAAAUUGUAAACAAACACUGGAAAUCGAGCGAAAUCAACAAAGGAAGUCGACGCCGCCCUGUAGGCAACGAUUCCGCUGCUAGCCAACAUGGAAAUGGACGUCAAUCGCCCGACCGGCCGCCAUGGCAACCUAAUGACCAUAUCCGCCCGCUGCUCCAACAACAAUGCAGCCGAAGCCGGAGCCGGAGUUGGAGCCACCAGGACUCCGGCCGCCGGAAGUGAGGCGCCGCCCAGCGGCUGCUGCGGCAUCUUGGGCCGCCUCCUCUGCGUGAGUCGCCACAAGGCCACGCAAUCGGUGGCGGGCAGCGAUCCCUUCUCCCAGCUGCAGUUGCAGCGCAAGGGAGUCGCCACACCUGCUGCCGUUUCCGGACAGCGACGCCGCCGGACGCCGCAGGAAAUCUACUUCGAGAGUCGCGGCAAGUCCUGCAAGAAGCUGCUUAAAUUCAAUGGCAAUUCCAACAAGAUACUGCUGUAUCCCGAGGAGGGCUGGGCGAGGACCGCCUCAUCCAGUUACUGGACCAUCACGCCCUGCUUCUGGCAGCCCAAUCGCUGCCGCAUCGUCGAGUGCUCCGGAACCCAACGGCGCGCGACGAAAGCCCGGAUGCUGCCGCUGGAGCAGCAGGGAUCCCUCCUGAUUGCCGGACACUUUCGCCGGACGACGGCGGGGGGCGGAGGAGCUGCAUCGCCAGCGGGGGGCGGGGCAUCGGGCAACGGUUCGGUGGCUGCCACGCCCACGCCCGCAAUACCUGCCGAUGCAAUCCGGACGGGGUCAACGGGCUGUGACAAGUCGCAGCCCGCGUGGAACGACGAGUUCAAGCUGUAUCUGACGUCGAACAUCUCGAUGGAGGACUACAACAUGGGCUACUGCCUCACCGGAUUCGUGGAGCGCCGCUGCCAGGUGACCAACACCUUCCAGAUGACUCACUUUGCGGUCAUCAAGCGCCAGUGGCCACCGUCGCCGUCCAACCUGGGCAACUCCUAAGGCCCGUGCAUCCCACUUUUGUAAUUGUGAUCCGACCUUUUGUUCCCAAUUGGAAACGAAAUGAAAUUAACUAAGGGACAGUGGCUGUUUUCACUUUUAGAGAAUUUUCUGAAUAUUUCCAGAAUGCAGAAAUGUUCAGAAAUUCAGAAUGUUUGAGAGUGAGAACAGACACAGUCCUUUAAUGCAGCAAAUACCAAUUAAGUUUUUAGCAUCUAAGUAGAGCCAAAAUGUUUGUUGUGCAAUCCCGAACUAAAAUCAAAAGAAGUUUCGCCAGGUCUAUAGAAAAUGUAACAUAAAAUUGCCGAGGCGUCGAGAACCGAUAGCCACUAGAUCGUAAGGCUUAGAAAAGUAUUGGCGGAGGGGAUCUUUAAGGACGUACUGCAUUUGCCGUAGUUUUACGAAAUUUUCUGCAUGUUUAGUGCGUAAAUUGUAAUUUUAACUAAAUGUGCAACAGAAAUCCGAAAAUAAGGAGGAAACUAGGAAACAAAAACUUUACGUGUGCUUUCAGUGUUGUGUAAUAUGAAAAACGGAAACAAACCGGAAAAAAUAAGCGAAAAAACCAAAUACUAGUAACUGUUAAAUGCUAAAUGAAACUAAACCGCUUUGCCAACUCUCACACACACACACAGCAACACAUAGUAGCACCAACACGCAGGCACCCACUUACACACUCGCACACUUAAGCCUGGACGGCUACUUAAUGCUUCAAAAAGUGCAACAAAUUGAAACUUGUGCUUGUCGAAGCAUGUGAUUGUGAGUGCUCCACUGUAAGCUGCUAUGCUAUAGUAUACAAGUUUACGAGGCUGUGUGUGUGUGUGUGUGCGAGCUGGUACUCUUUUCUACUACAUACGAAUAUGUACUUUAACGGCCAUGUUUGCGAAACCUAUUGCCUUUAAGCUUUAAAAUAUAAGCACAACUCAACGCAGGCAAGCAAGUCAAAAGCUUCGAGCGAUGGCCAUUGGCACUGAACAGCAGUUUGAUGACGAGCGAGCAUUAAAGUUAAUUAUUUAACGAGCUGUUUAAGGCAAACAAACAUGUUAAAGCCGAUUUGCUGUUUUUAGCUCUCUGCAUGGGCACAUUGCACCCUAGGCAUGCUUCUCUUGGAGCCUUGGUCACACUGCUAUUCAUAUGAUAUGGAAUGCGUGGAAAGCGUGUGGAAUAAGUUCUAGAAACCUGCUGAUUAGUGCCACUGGCCAUUUAGCCGACUCGUCCAAAACCGAGUUUGCCAACUCUACGCUAAUCUAAGGAACUAAACCUCUAACUCUCUCUCUCUAUCUUUCUCUCACUAACUCACUAACCCACUGACCCACUCGUGCUACGGCUCUAUCCCUCUUAUUCACUCACUUUGAGCAUGAUACGCAACGUAUAUCAACAAUUCGUCCAAUGAUUGGAGUCUUUUGGCGCCACAAAUUGCCACGUGUCAAGUUGGUAAGGCCGGAGCUCCAAUUGCCAAAAACCCUAAGUGUUAAAAAACAAUGAAACCAAACGUAAAGGAAACCAAAGCUAAGUCAAAACUCAACGUAGGCUAAGGAUAGUUUAAAAAUCCAUAUUUACAAGCUAGAAUAUGAAUCUAUAUAUAUUAUAUAAAUAUAUAUCUAUAUAUUUGUGUGUAGGCUGAACCUUUUUGCGUAUAUGUAUAUCUGUGUAUUUGUAUAACUGUAUUGCGAUUGCAUAUACAAUAACAUUUUUGCCGUAGUUCGCAUAGCUCGCUUUUAGGCGCUUUUACACGCAAGCGAAUAAGGCCGAAACCUCUUAACUCCCUUUUUUUGCUUCACUCAAGAUGUCCCUGCCACCCUGCCCCAAAAACUUAUCGAUAUUUAAGUAUCAGGUACCUGCCACAAUCAACACGAAAACCAAGUAAACAGAAAAACUCGAGUAUACAUAACUAUUUAUUGAACAAUUACGUCUGUGCAAAUAUUUGUGUCCAUUUUAAUUAGGGAGAAUGCAAAGAUUUCCAAAGAAGCAUAGUAUUUUUUAGGUAACGAAACACUCUGUCCCGAAAACCCGCAAAUCGAUGUCGUACACCCGAGUUGUAUAAAUGUUUAUUAGGGAUUCUCGCUCUCUGUGUGUAGCAAAUACUUCUGCGCCAAUGCUUAAAAACCCAACACAGACACGAGUUGUUUGGCUUAAAGCUGAAUGUCCAUGUCCAAACCGAAACAAAACACGCAUGAGCUUUUUUGUAGUUCUAUUUAAACACUUUAAAUAGCAAACGAGUCAACAAACAAUUCCGUGCUGCGGAGCACGGGGAAUAAAUUAAUGUUAAGCUUCUAUCGAAAUAAGCGAUGUAAGCGAGCAUAAUUAGUCUAAUCGAGAGAUAAGGUAAAGCGGUAGAAAAAAAACGCCAGCAAAAAGCAAAUCAAAUCAGACGGAAAUGCAAAAUGCAAAUGAAAAUAUAAAUCGAAAUCAAACACGCCGCUCUGUUAAUGCAAGUGCAUAAAUCAAAAGCGAAUAAGGCCUCGGCAAAUGCAAUUUGAGCUGGCAUUCGGAUUCGUGUAAUGAAAAUAAAUACCCCAAAGGUAUGUAGAGUGCAGUUGAACAUGGGAAAUCAAAACAUUGAAAAUAAAAAAAAGGAAAGC